AUGGAUACAAAUUUGUCCAUCAACACUCUUCAUGGAAACAUCCCACAAGAAUUGGGACGUCUAUCCAGCUUAAAAACGUUUAGUUUGUCCUCCAAGAGGGAGAGAGGGCUGAGAGAGGAGGCCGAGAGUGGUGAGGGGGCAGCCGGCUUGGUGGCCGUUGGAGUGAGUCCACCAUUGUUGCUUCUUCUUCCUCCUAUCACCACCACCAUCCCUUCUCAUUUGUGGAGUUUGAGAGAGUUUGGGCAGUCCAAAGUGAAGAAGAGUUUUUGGGUCGAGCCAAGUGGACGAGUGCCCAAGAAUCUUGGGAAUUUACAGAACCUACAGAUUCUAAUUUUCAAGAGAAAUCAGCUUACAAAUGAUCCUUCAAUGCUUGAAUUGGAUUUUCUUACUUCAUUGAAAAAUUGUAGGAAGUUGAAGAUCAUAGACAUGGAAUUCAAUUCUUUUGAUGGAAUAUUACCAAAAUCCUUCGAUAAAUUUUCAGCAUCUGUGGAAUCUUUCAUUGCCUAUCAAUGUGGUAUUAAAGGUAAUCUGAUUUCAUUGCAAAAUUUGGAUCCAUCUAACAACAGUCUUGAUGGUGUAAUCCCCGAGUCAUUGGAGAAACUUGUGUACCUUGAGUAUUUCGAUGUUUUGUUCAAUGAACUAAGUGGUGAAAUUCCAAAUGGAGGGCCUUUUAGAAACUUCACAUCAAAUUUUUUCAUAAGCAAUAUAGAAUUGUGUGGAGCAUCUAAAUUUAAGGUCAAGCCUUGCAAAGAUAAUAAAACUAGAUUAUCUAGCAGUUCCAGAGUUUUGAUGUCUAUUUUACCAUCAAUUGCUGUGGUAUUUAUUCUGGCCAUUACUGUGGUAUAUUUAAUAAGACGUCAUAGCAGAAAUAUAUUUCUUUCAGCUCAGUCUACUUCCCCUAACACCAUCAAGAGGAUUUCAUAUUAUGAAGUUUUGCUACCAAUGAAUUUGGUUUUUAACCUAGAUUUGAAAAAUGCAAACCAAAGUUUUGAUACUGAGUGCCAAAUGCUUUGCAAUGUUUGUCAUAGAAAUCUUGUCAAGCCCGAUAACAUACUUUUAGAUGAAGAUAUGGUUGCCCAUGUUGCAAACUUUGGCAUUGCCGGGCUUUUCACUGAAGACCAGAGAAUUUUGAUUACCAAGACGUUGGGCACAAUUGGAUAUAUUGCUCCAGGUAAAUGGUUUCUGUCAUCUGCAUGUGUGUAG